GCCUGGAGGAUACGGUAGCCUUCCAUCAACUGCUGUUAUAGGCAAUCUACUAGGUUACUGCCUAAUCUUAUUCGCUAUUUUUAUUGGAUACUUAGUGGUUACUCCAGAGUUUAAGAGACGCCUGUUGCCAGAAGAAGUUCAACUUCAAUUAGAGCAGAAUCCAAACUGAAGUGCUGUCAUUUAUCCUUUACCUCUUACUGCAGUUUACUUAUGAUUUCAUCCAAGUGUUGCUGAGAUAAUUUAUUUAACAUUUUGAACUGUGACCGGCUAGAUAUCUGAUGUGUCUUGGUGUGACAAAUCUGGCUACCUUUUUUAUUUUUUAUGUGCAGAUAUUCAAAUGGCAUAAAUUCCUGUGAUAUCUUUGAAGCUUGAUCUGUGCGAAAUUUUCAAUGUUUUGAAGAAAUUAUGAGUUAUGGUUUUGAUUUAGUCAGGCACAAACAUGCCAACUAUUUCAUUUUGUGUGACAUUUUAGGACACUUUAACAUUUGACCAAAGCAAAGUUGCCAUUAUCCAAAACAAAACCGAAAAUGCUCUUCAGUAUGUAAUAUAUAACAAAUGUUGAUUUUAUUAUUUUGUCGCAUGACUAACUGGUAACCUUUCACUUGAGCCUGGGUAACUGAAAUCAUUUACGAUCGAUCGAGAGGAAUAAUUUGUU